AUGGAGGUCCCAUCGGAAUGCUGGGCAGCUGUUGUGCAGAAGAAUGAAGGACCCAAUUUCUUCCUGGAGGUUGAGAAAGUCCCAGUGCCCAUCAUCGGUUUGAGUCUCACAGCCCCCCAAGACUUCCGCUUGCUGAUCACAACGUUGGCAGGGCCUUCGGAAGUUCUCAUCAAGCUCAAUGUGACGGGACUAUGUCUUACAGAUGUGCAUUUUAUGAUGAACGAUUGGGCGUUCCCCAAAAUGUCGGAAAUGGGUCUUUCUUGUGCAGGCCACGAAGGUGCUGGAGUGAUUGUGAAGAUUGGUGAAGCCGUGAAAAGCUGCAAAGUCGGCCAAAGAGCAGCAUAUGGUCCCAUUCACAGUACGUGUGGUUUAUGUGAGUACUGCUUCUCGGGAAAAGAGACAUACUGCCAACAGGCGGUCUAUACAGGCGGAACAGUGGACGGAACGUACAAGCAGUAUUGCACCGUCCCAGAAGGGUUUGUCCAUUUGAUUCCCGAGGGGGUUUCUGACUACGUGGCAGGGCCCGCCAUGUGCUCUGCAGGGACCAUGUACUCUUCCCUCAAAGAGUCCGGCCUUAGAGCUGGAAACUGGGCCGUUUUCCCUGGCGGAGGAGGUGGAACGGGAAUCCAAGGCGUUCAGCUUGCCUGUGCCAUGGGCAUUCGACCCGUCGUAGUUGAUACUGGUGAAAGUCGACGAUCACUUUCUCUAAGCCUUGGUGCUGAAUGUUUUGUCGACUUUUUGGCGGAAGCGGACCCAGUUAAGAAGGUGGUAGAAAUCACCAAUGGAGGUGCUCACGGCGUCUUUGUUAGUGCGGUACAGGCUUAUCAGGUCUCGCUCGACUAUCUCGGUUCACGUGUUGGUGGGGUGGGAACCUUAUCCAGCAGUCGGAAGGAUAUAGCUGAGAUACUCGACCUUGCGAAACGAGGUGAGACAGUAACCUGGGUGAUCGGUUAUAGGUUGACGACUGGUGCUCACUGUUCGGCCACAGGAAAGAUCCAUCUCGAGCCCGCCGUGGUUGGCUUGAGCAAGUUCAACGAAGCCGUCCAGAGAUUGAAAGAAGGAAAUGUUGCAGGCCGCAUAGUGGUCGACUUCAACCUUCCGUAG